AUGACAUCUGUGCACUCCACGGUUCGCACGGAGAUCCUCAAGGCGCUCAGCGCUGGCGCGACCGAGCGUGACGCCAUCGUGAAGCACGUGCUCCAGCGCGGCCUCGUCACCAACAAGGGCUCCAUCACCGACGCCCUCGUGCGCGAGGGCAAGCACCGCAACGUCGGCUCCGCGCUCUGGUCGCCGGCUGCGUCGGCGCCGGCGACCUACGCGUUGACGGGGCAGGACCGGGGUGCUGCCGCCACGGGGGGGCGCCGCGCCUCCCCACGCCUGCAGGCGCAGCCGCGCGGGCCCGCACCAGAGGGCUCUCAAUGGGAUUGCUUCUCGGGGCAGUACGUCUCUUCACGCGUGGUGGGGAGUGGGCACAAGCGUCGGCGGCAGCCGCAGCAGGGCGCGCCGGCGGCGGCCGCGCAGCGCCGCGUGCGGCCCGGCGCCGCGUGCGGCUCCGUCGGCGGCGACGACGACGAGGCUGGCGGCGGCAGCGGCGGCGGCGGUGAGGCGGACGGCACCGCUUCCCUGCCCACCAAGGGCUCCGCGCGUGCGGCCUCGGCCAGCGAGGGCGCGGCGAAGGAGCCCGCCGCGGAGGAGGUGGCGCAGUGGGUCGGCGAGCCGAUCAGCCUGGGCGAGCGCGGCGAGCGCUUCUACCAGGCGGUGUCGGUCGAGGGGGAGCACUUUCACGUGGGCGACGACGUGGUCGUGUCUGGGCACUGCGAGAGGGAGGUGAUGGUGGCGCGGGUGGUGUCGCUGUGGGAGUCGGGCGAGGGGGAGAAGGAGGCGGAGCUCAAGUGGUACUACUCGCCCGAGCAGACCGCCUCGGGCCGGCUGGCGGGUCACGACCCGCGCGAGCUCUUCGAGGCGGUGCACACGGAUGAUAACCCGCUCGCCGCCAUCGACGGAAAGGCGUGCGUGCUCGAGUGGGAGGCGUACCAGAGGUGGCUCGACGCGCCGGUGGCGGAGGGCGACGAGGGCGAGGACGAGGCGCGUCGCGCGCUCGCCGCCGACCGGCCGGGCGGCGGCCGGCGCAAGCUCUCCCGCUUCAGCGAGGCUGCGAGGCUGCUGACGCCGCACGCCGCGCCGUCGCGGCUGCCAUGCCGCGAGAAGGAGCGCGAGGAGCUCACGACGGCGCUGCGCUCGGCCAUCAGCGGCGGCGGCAAGGGGACGUCGCUCUACAUCUCUGGCACGCCCGGCACCGGCAAGACGGCGACCGUGCACCACGCGCUGCGGCUGCUGGCGGCCGAGCGGGGCCUGCCGCCCUUCCGCACGCUCGAGGUCAACGGCAUGAAGCUCUCCUCGCCGCAGCAGGUCUACUCCCUCCUCUGGGAGGGGCUGACCGGCCAGCACGCGUCGGUGGCGCGCGCGCAGCAGCUGCUCGACAAGCGCUUCUCUGCGCCGAGCAAGAAGCGGCGGUGCGGUGCGGAGGUGGUGGUGCUGCUGCUCGACGAGCUCGACUACCUCGUCACCCGCACCCAGUCCGUCAUCUACAACCUGUUCGAGUGGGCAACCUCGGGGCACGCCCCCCUCGCGCUGAUUGGCAUCUCCAACACGAUGGACCUGCCCGAGCGGCUGCUGCCGCGAGUGCACUCGCGGCUCGGCAUCCGGCGCGUGAGCUUUCUCCCGUACUCGCACUCGGAGAUCGCCGCCAUCAUCGCCGACCGACUCACCGGCCUCGACGCCUUCGAGCCGAAGGGCGUCGAGCUCUGCGCGCGCAAGGUUGCCGCCGUCUCUGGAGACAUCCGGCGCGCGCUCGAGGUGUGCCGCCUCGCGGCGCAGCUGGCCGAGCGGGAGGAGGUGCGCGCGGUCGGCCCGCCGGCCGGCGGCGGCGGAGCGGCGGCGCCCGCGUACGUCGACCUCGCCCACAUUGACAAGGCAUCGAAGCAGCUGCGCGGCUCCGCGUCGCUGCGCUGCCUCGGCGCGACGCCAAAGCAGCAGCUGCUGCUGCUCUGCUGCGCCGUGCUGCAGCAAAAGAAGACGGGGCUGGCCGAGGUCCCGCUGCACCAGCUCGCAGGCCACUUUUACGCCCUCUCGCGCCGCCACGGCGCCGUCUCUGUCGCGAGCCCGGCCGAGCUGGUCGAGAUGGUCUCGCGCCUCCGCGACGGGCGGCUGCUCGCCUCCGCCUCGAGCGCCGAUGCCGUGCAGCCAGAGGACAUCAAGCACGCGGCGUGCCAGCACGGAGGCUUCUUCGCUGAGCUGCCCUGGGACGCGUAG